AUCAAGUUGAGGCCUCAAAGGCGGUAGAAAAAUGGCGUCCGAUACCGAAGCCUCCUGCGUGAGUGACCCAAAUUUUGCUGUUAUUUGUUCGUUUCUUGAGUGUUUUGGUAAAUCAUGUGGAAUUGAAUAUCCAAAUAUUGCUGCACUACAAAAAAUGGUGGAAAAUACUCAAGAAGUACCCCAGCGAUUGAUAGAUUUACAUAUCAAAUUGUUGAGGAAAACAAGAAAGAGUGUAACACCAGAAAAAUGGGAACGAGCGUUAGUCAAAUUUUGUCACACUUACUCCAAUCAAGACGGAUGGGAAUUAGAAAGAUUUGGUUAUAAAAAAGCUCGUAUCAGCGUGAAACUACGCUUACUCAAGGUGCUUUUAGAGUCUCAAUUUGAUUUAAAUCAAAAAUUUAAAAAUGAAGUUAACAAAUUAGCAGCUAAUCAACUACGACUUGAACCCUUAGGACGUGAUAAAACAGGUUUAGCUUAUUGGUUUCAAUUAGAUGAAGAGUGUAAUAUGAGAAUAUAUCGUGAAGAUGCAGAUGAGGAAAACUGGGAGCUAGUUGCUGCUGAUCGUGAAGGUGUUGUAAAUCUUAUAAAUACCUUGGCAGAAGGUGAAGACAUUUCUUUGUCUGUCAAUAAUGAAGACAGUAAUAGUUUGGAAGUAUCGGAAAAGCCAAUUAUCGAUACUGGUCAAACGUCAACGUCACCUUCCAAUAUAGAAUCCUCUGACAAAGUCAUGCAAAAAAUUUGCAAUAAUAUUAAUAAUGAUUCAGAGAAACAACCAAUAACAAACAAUAUUAAUAAUACAAAUAAAGAAGAAACAGUAAAAUUAUCGAUACAAAAUAAUUUUCAUAAAGAAGAAAAAAAUCAAGAAUUAAACGAACAAAAAAGUCAAGAAAGUAUUGAAAUCAAAUGCAAAACCAACAAAGAAGAAAUUGUAACGAGUAUGAAUGAAAAUCAUGUUGGUGAAGACAAAGAAAAUAAUGAUAAUGAUGAGAAUGAUGAUGACGAUGAUGAUGAUGAUGAAGAUAAUGACGAAAAUGAAGAAGAAGAAAAUGAAAAUGAAGACGAUGAUGACGAUAAUAAUAACAACAAUAAUAACAAUAAUAACAACAACAUCAAUAACAAUGAUAAUUAUUAUAAUUAUAACUACAACAAUAAUAAUAAUAAUAAUAAUAAUAACAAUAUUAAUGACGAAGAUGAAGAAAAUAAUGAAGGAGGUGAUGACGAUAGUAAUGAACUUCAACAACACAGUCAUAAUAUCGAUAACCGAAGUAGUAAUAUUAUUCGCAAUAAACUAUCAAAUUCCUCCUCCAGUCAAUCGACAAGUGAUACUUCGAGGAAUCAAGUUUCAUCAACGCCAAUAAAAUCAAUUGAAACACCCGUUAUCACCUCGCCUUUAAAAUUGGCAAGUAUUUCUGACUCAAAACACGUAUUAGAUGAGAAAGUAAUGCCAACUGGUAGCCAAUCUUCAUCUGCCACUGAAAUAUUAGCUAUCAAUCCAACAUCUUCUACAAGGGUUAUUAUGAGCUCAGAAAAAAGUAUAACUGAAAAAAUACUAAAUCAAAAUACUUUCCCAUAUAGUAAUAUAAUUGAACCAUCUAUGAGUAAGAGUACUAUGAACUCUAUAGAUAAAUUAGCUGUUAAUUUGGGAACAAUUCAAUCUGUAGGAAAACCAACUGCUUCCAAAUUACUUGAAAAAAUAGCAGAAAAUUUAUCAAAAUCAAAUGGUGAUAAGCAAAAUUUAUCUCUAGAGAAACAGUCCAGUUUUAUUAAUAAAUCUAUGAGAAUAGAUAAUCAAGGAAUAGAUUUAUCAGCAGUGCCUCCAAGACCGAGUUGGGACAAUGUGAAUGAUCAUAACACCCCGACAAAUUAUUGCGGAAUUGAUCUUUCUAGUCGCAAAAGUACGGCUCUACCUACGGCUACAUUAUUAUCAUCUUCUUCAAAUGAUUAUCAAUCACAAGGAUUUCAAUAUAAAGAAAUGGAUUUAAGUACGAAGAAAAUAUCGAAAAAUGAUAUACCGAAUUCAUUUUAUGAAUCACGAAGUACAUCUGGAGUAUUAAGAAAUCAUGGUGUAAUUACUGACUUAAGUAAACAACCGAUACCACCACUAGCAUCAUCAUCGACAUCUUACGAAGGCUACGAUAUUCAUCUACCUUCAACAACAUCUCUUCCUUAUCAUCAUCAACGUCAUCAUUAUAAUGCUGCCAGAGUAAUACCUGAAAAAGGUGAUCCUAGAUUAUUACCAAGUUACGCGAUGCUUGCAGAAGCUAGUAAACUUAUGCCUAUACGUAGUACAACUUCUCAUAAACGAAUUUGCCAUGAUUACGAUCAACAUGAAGAGAGUCAACCAAUAAUAAAACGAUCACGAACAGAUUCAAUCCUAAUGCAAGAAUCAACCACAGAAAAACAAUCAUAUCUAGAUAACGCAGAAAUGAGAAUGCAUUCCGAUGAUCAGAUUACUAGUGAAGCGAUUGAAGAACCAAUUAUGAUGAUACGAGGAGAGGGUUCAGGAAGUGAUUGUGACGCAGCCAAUCCUGAAAUUGGUGAGAGUAUUGAAGAGCCAGUAAUGUUUUUUUAUGGUGAAGGAUCUGGUUAUGACUGCGAUAUGGGAAAUAAUCCCGAUGAAGAAUCUUCUACUGACAAUAAUAAAAGCAGUGAAUCAAAUGAUGAAAGUAAUACAUUAUUAGAAUUAUCAAAAAAUGUCAUUUCAACGAGUGUUAGUGACCAACAGCAAAAAGAAGACGUUGAAAAAAGUCAUACAGUGAGUAAUUGUAUUCAACCGAAUGUCUCUACUGCAACGACUGAUCUGAAUACAGUAAAAUUUAAACCUACUCUUGGAGUUCAAGUAAUUCCAAUGACUAAAAAUAAUUCAUCUGUGAAGCGAACAUCGAGAUGGGAUGUCGGUGGACCAGAAGAUAAUCAUAAAUAUGAAAAACAUGAAUGUGAAAAUAGUAAUUUUAUCAUAUCGAGUGAACAGAACAUAUCAUUAAAAGUGGAUAGUAAUGAUGUAGCAGUUACUGAAGGUCUAAGUAAAAAUGAUUGUAAUAGAUCCGAUUUAUCAUUAAAACAAUCUCAAUUCCAGCAAGAUACUCAAGAUUUUCAAAACAUAAAUCAAACCAAUACUUUAAGUGAUAUUUCACCGACAUCAAGUAUCGAUAAAGAAUUGGAAUCCCAUGUAGCAUCAAAAAAUGUAGAUCAUCCAAUUGAACUUCCACAAAGUAAUUGUAACGUUGUUAAAGAACAAAAUGAAAUUAAACCUAAAGAUGAUGAGAUGUGUGAUACGAUUGAAAAUGAUGAAGCACCAAGAUUUUUCUUUGGUCCUAAUUGUGUGUCUUAUACGUCUACAAUUUCCACAAAUUAUAAUCACGAAAAUAAUACAUCUGCAUUAUCAUUAUCUUCAGCAUCUUUAUCACCAUCAUUAUUUUCGUCGACAGAUCAACAAAUAAAUCAAUUAGAAGAUAAAUCUUGUUCGGAUAAUAAUCCAUCAAAUUCAAAAGUUAUGCAAGAUGAAGUUAAUGUGAACGAAAAUUUUAAUAGUAUCAGUCUUAGUGAAGUUAGUAGUUGUGAUAACAAAAAUGUUGACUGUGGCAGUGAUAAUAAAGGUGAAAAUAUUUUACCAGAAAGAACAUUAGAAUCAUUAGAUGAUAUAUCUACUCAAAAUUUACCUGAUGAAAAAAUGGAAGAAGAUGUAAAUAAUGAAGUAAAUAAUUCCGAUGUUCAAACCACUUCUACGGAAUCUAAUAAUGAUGAUGUUAAAGAAUCAGAGUAUGAUAAUCAUGGUCAUAUAAAGCCAGAACAAAAUGAACAAGAGAAAGCAGUAGAUGAACUUACAAGCAUGGAUGUAACAGAAGAACUUUUACCAACUUACAAACAUGAAACUUCUACCAAAGAAAAUAUUCAACAUGAGUGCGAAGACGAAUUGAAUGACCAACAACGGAAAGAUCGUAAUACAAGUAGUAAUCAAAAGGAUGAGAAUAUUGAAUGUUCCUCAAUGGAUCUGAAAGAGUCAUUAAGUGAUCCGAUAAAAAAUGAGUCUAUUGAAGAAUUGAAGUGUGAGGAUCCAAUCAUGAAUUGCCUCGUUAAAAAAAAAGAAGAAAGAAAUGAAAAAGAAGAGACAAAUCUCAUUGAAAAAGAAGAAAAAAUCAACACAAUUGAGAAAGAAAAUACUAAUGAACAAAUCAGUGAGUCAACUGAUAAAAUAAAUGUUUCUGGUUUUGAUGAACUUCAGAAAGAAGAGUCAUCGAAAAAUAUUGCAGAUACUCUUUCGACUAAUGAUAGUGAAUUAAUAUCUGAUUUGCAAGAAAGUAAUAGAAACUUUAGUGAUGCUAAAAAACUCAAAGUAAAUUCAACUUUCAAAGUUGAUGAAGCAGCUGAGAAAGAAAUAUUAUCUGAGAAUAAAGAAGAUAAUAGUUUGAUGGAAAAAGACUCAUUUCCAUCUGAAAUUAUUUACUCUACGUUCAAUAAUAGUAAUAAUAGUUAUAGUAAAAACAUAGUAGAAAGUUUGAUAUCAAAAGACAACGUAUUAACAGAUUCUAUAAAAAAUGAUAAAACAUCAUCAAAUGAACUUAUUUUUCCUAAUAAAAAUGUUGAUUUACCCAUCGAAGUUAGCGUAGAUUCAAAGGAUGUGACAGAAAUUACAGAAAUCAAUGAAAAUAUGGUUGAAGAAGAAUUGCAUGAGAAAAAAUCAGUGGAUAUUCAAAAUUGUAUAUCAAUAACAAGUCAAAAAUUGGACGACAAAUCAGAAUUAUCUAAUGUGAAAAUGGCGGGAAAUAAUGAUAUAAUAAUGUCUCACGCAAGUGUAAUUCAACCAAAAUUGAUAAGUAAUUCCAAUACUUGCGAUGUAAGCAGCGAACAAAUUACGAAAAUAAUCUCUCCAGUUUCAGAAAAAGUUCAACCAUCAUUAGUGGCGAAUUAUUGUAGUGAAGAUUCUGAUAUCAGUGAUACAGAGAUAUAUGAUGACGUAGCUGUAAAUAAAAGUAAAAAUAAAAUAGAACUUGACAUAGUUGAUGAAUUAACAGACGUAAAAAAUGAAUCAUCAAAUCAAGGAGAAAGCGUAGUACAGAAAUCAGAAAUGAAUGUUGUUAUCCAGAGUGAAAAUACUGAUAAUUCAAUUGUAAAAAUGGAUAUAGAGAGAAAAGAUGAAUUACCUGAAUUAAAAGAAAGUGAAAAUGUAGAUUUUGUUUAUAAAGAUAGUAUCAAAAAUGAAACUGAAGAUAUUGUAAAUAAUGAAAUGGUUCCUAAUACACUAAAAGACAUAAAAAUUGACCCAAUUUUAAAUAUUGAAAAAGUCGAAAAAGUCCUAGACAAAUUACCGACCAUAAAAGUCUAUGAUGAUAGAUCUGAAGAAAAAGAAAAAAUUAACGAAAGUAUUAACACAAUGUCUGUAACUUUGUCCAAUCAGAAGAGUGAAGAAAUACAAUCAAAUUUAAAUGAGAUUAAAAGCACAGAAAUCGUUAACAAAUUAAACGAAUCAAUGACAUCGGUAGAUAUAUUAAAUGACCAAAGUGCUGAAACAAACUCAGAAAAUAUAACUUUGUUAGUUGAAGGUGAAUUAUCACCUGAAGUAUCAAAAUGUGACCAUGUAAACAGUGAUGAAGAAACUGUUAGUCCUCAAUCAGUCAUUAAGGAUAUUAAAAGCGAAAAAAAAUUAGAAUCAAAUUAUGAAGAACUAACGACUUCAAUUUCUGGUAAUAAAUUGAAUGAUUCUUUAAUUGUAAUUGAUACAGAAAAUACUUCCAUUGAAAGUGAAGAUAAGUGUGUAGUUAAAGUGUCCAGUGCAAGUACAGACGAAGUUAAAAAAUCAAUAAUUGAAUCAGAUUUAAAUUCAGAGUGUGAACAACUACAACAAGAAUCUCAUACGAACUUGGUUCCUAGUGAGUGUGACACUAAUAAAGAAACUGUUUUUAAAAACGAAUUACAUGUAUUUGAAAAUAAUUUAAAACAAAAUCUGGCAGCAGCUGAAUCUUUCAACGAAACUACGUUGGAGUCUAGUAAAAAUAAAGUUAAUGUUGUCAGUAAUAACACUGAAAUCACAACAGUUAUAAAAGAAGAUGAGACAAACAUUGUUAUCGCAAAAAAUGACACAUCUAUCACUAAUAAAAAUGAUACGACUAAUGUUUCGAAUAAAAAUGAAACAAAUAUCUCUGUCAUUAAAGAUGACACUAAUUCUGAUACUAUUAAAGAGAAAAUAAAUGUUAUCGAUGAAAUUAAAGUAGAGGCUAUUGUUGAAGAAGAUAAAAUUAUUAAAGAAGUAAUGGUUAAUGAUUCUACCAUCUUAACUGUUCAACCGGAUGAAAUUAAAGAAAUACCUGACAAGUCUGAAGAAAAAAAUAUCCAAUUGAAAGAUGAAGCAAACGUUUUCUCAGAUGAAGAAUCAUCAGAUGACGAUAGAGCUGAUUUUUCAAACGCAAUGGAUUCCAUUCAAACAUCGGAUGAUAAUGAUGAUAAUGAAAACGAUGAUCGAAGUAAUAAUGUUCCUAGUAUGGCAUUAAAAUCGCCAAACAUUGUUGAGUUAUCAGCUAAAACAAUUGAUAAUGAUGUCAAUUUGUUAAAUACUAAUAUGCAGUUGGAUGUUCAUGUUGAAUCUGUUGUAAAUCAAGUUGGAUAUGAACAACCAGAAUGGAAAUCUAUUUCUACUACUGAAGUGUUUUCGUCUAAAAAAUCGAGAAAGCGACGAGAUAAUGAGAUGAGUUUAGAUGUUGACAGCGAAGAUGAGACAUCAAUAAGCAGAAAAAAAAUAAAAUUAUCUGAAAUAAAUUCACCAGAUGUUUUAUUAAAUGAAUCUACGAUGGACGAUCGACAUGAAAUUGAAAAUAAAGAAAGUGCUAAAGAAGUAAAAGUGGAGAAUGAAAUAAAAAUGGAAACAGAUCAAGAUGUUCAAUUACGGGAAAAGGAAAAUACUGUAGAGAGUUCUAAAAAAGAAUUAGAGAAAGAUUUGAAAGAAGAAAAAGAUGACAAUGAUAAAGAGAACGCAGUACUUGAAAUCGAAGAACAAGAGGACAUCGUUAAACCAGCUUCAGAAUCUACAAUUGUACCUGUUAAAGACGAGUCUUUAAUAUCUGCUGAAAAUACAGUUGACAUGAUUGAACCUAGUAAAGAUAAGCCAACACAGCCAUCUUCAACAGCAGGACGUAAACGACGUGGACUUCGCAAAAAGGGCCGAGGUUUUCGUAAAAAAACUGAAUCAAACACUGCAAGUAAUACGGUAGCCAAUACUGUAUCUGAUAAAACUACAGAAGAAGAUGGAAAAGUAAUGAAUGAUGAAGGUAAAACUGACUUAGCUCAAACAUCAGAAUUAGCAUCGAAAGCUCAAAAGAAACGUAAAAAAAGAAAUACAGUAUUAGGUUUGGAAGUUGGUAUUGAUAUAUCAUUGACAUCAGAUGAUAAUAAUUUACAAGCUGAAAUACUAGCACAAACUGACGACACAGCUUCCAAGAGUACAGGGCCUGUUGUCAGACAAUCGAGAAGAAUAGCACAAUUAAAAAUAAAAGAAGAAGCUGAUCGACGUAGAAUGGAAGAGGAGGAAGCAUUAGAUGAGAUAAAAGAUAAAAAAGAUGGACAUGAUGGUAAAAAAAAAAGGAAAAAGAAAGGAGAGAGUGAUGAAGAAGUCAUUAUUAAAGAUAUUGAAAAAGAUAUUAAAGGAAAGAAAAAGCGGAAAAAGAAGAAAAAAGAUGCUAAUCUUAAAUUUAACGAAUCAAAACCUUGGCAAAGUUCUUCGGGAUCGAGUUCUGAUGAUGAUAAUGAGGAUGAAGAAGAAGAGGAAGAUGAUAUUGAAAGUGAAGAAGAGUCUCUUUUAUUUAAAAGUGAUCAUGAAUUUUCACCUGAGAGUGAUCUUGAGAAAGACGAAGAAUCUGAACCAAUGCGAAGAGCAAGAACAGCACGUAAAUCAGAAAAUGAUGUUGAAGCUGAAGCAGACGAUGAAUAUGCUUGUCAGAAGUGUGGAAAAGCAGAUCAUCCUGAGUGGAUUUUAUUGUGUGAUACAUGCGAUAAAGGAUGGCAUUGUUCGUGUUUAAGACCUGCGCUUAUGUUAAUUCCUGAAGGUGAUUGGUUUUGUCCACCAUGUCAACAUACAGUUUUAGUAAAUAAAUUACGUGAAAGUCUGAAGAAAUAUGAUCAAGUUGCUAAACGACAUGAAAAUGAAAUGUUGAGAAAGAAAAGACUGGCAUACGUUGGUAUUAGUUUGGAUAAUGUUUUACAGAAAAAUGAUAUACAUAGGUCACAGAAAAAAAUGAAAAAGUCUGGUAAAAAACGAAAUCAUGAUUUUAAUAACAAAAAUGGAAGUAAUAAUGGCAAUAGUGAAAACGAUGAUGAUGAAGAUGAUGAAGACGAUGAUGAUAAUAACAAUAAUGAAGAUGACAGUGAUGAGGAUGAUGAGGAUGAUGAUGAGAAUUAUGAUAGCGAUGUUUAUAGUAAAAAUUACAAUAAUUUCAAUAUUCACAAACGUGGUUCUAUUGAUAAUAGUUUCAAUGGAAAUGAUGAUGAUUACGAUGGUGAGGGUAUAAAUAAUGAUGAUGAUGAUGAAGAUGAUGAUAAUGAUGAAGACAAAUAUACAACAUCUUCAUCCCAAUCUGGUGACACUGAAACACCAUCAAGUAGCGAUGAAAGUGAACCAUUUUACCAACUUCGUGAAAGACGAUGUGCUAAUACAAGUUAUAAAUUCAAUGAAUACGAUGACAUGAUUAAUGCUGCUAUUCAAGAUGAAGUUGAAGCUGUCCAAGGUGCUGGAAAUCAAGGAAGGGGAAAAGAUAUAUCUACAAUUGUUAAUGCAGAAAAAGAAGAGGCUCAAGCGAUAGACAAACAGUUAGAAGAUGAAGACGAUGAUAUAGAAAAAAAUUCAGACAAAGACAGUGAUAAAGAAUAUGUACUAGAUAAAGAUGCUGAAAUAGAUGAAGACGAGAAUGAAAAGAGCAAAGCUUCAGUAAGAAAAAUGUUAACGAGAAAGAAACAUCGUAAAUUGAAUAGUUUAGAUAUAAGUAGUGAAGAUGAUCCUGAUAGUGAUGAAGACUUCAAAGGAACUAGUUCAACUGAUGAAGAAGAUUAUGAGGAUCAAAUUGAAUCAUCAGACGAUAGUUCAUUCACAGAAAUGCGAAAACGUGGUAAAAAAAAUUACCGUCCUGUUAGAAGAUCUACCAGAGCAGCAAGAAAAGCUCGUUAUGAUGAUUUCAUUAAUGAUGAAAGUGAAGAUAGUGAUAAACCUAAGAAGAAAAAAUAUAAAGCAAGUUGGGAUGAGUCAGAAAGUGAAGAAAGUGAUAAUUCAUGGACUAAAAAAAGAAAGAAGAGUAAAACAGCAGCAUUUUCGAGGUUUAAAUCACUGGUGAAAACUAAAUCUAAAAAGAAAAACAAAAAGAAGAGGAAACGUAUUAUAGAGCCAGAGAAUCAAAGCGAUAAUGAGGAUGAACUUCAAUUUAAUGAGAAUGAACACGAUAAUGAUAAUGAUAAUGAAAAUGAAAUAAAAAAUCAAAAUAUAUUUAAGAAUGAAACUGAAAAUACAAGUGAAAAUGUAUGCGAACCGAUGGACAUUAAUGAACAAAAACCAAUACAUGAAAAUGUUUUUGUAUAUAAACAUGAGUAUGAGUUUAUGCCACAUCAAACAACAGAACCUGAAAUGAAAAUAGAAAAAUCAGUUGCAGAAACAAAGUUCGAAGAAGCAAUAAAAAUAAAUCAAGGAAUGGAAUCGACGACGGAAAAAUUACCUUUGUUCAUGGAGCAGUCAGAAGUUCCUCCUACGUUAUCUCUAUCUGUUUCUACAAUUGUAGAUGAAAGUAAUACUAUUACACCAAGUAAUGAUGAUAAACUCAAUAAUCAAGUAUUACCACCAGAAAUCCCUAAACAAGACUUUCAUGAUGUUGGAUAUAAUACUCAAUACUACUGUCAAAAUAUUCAUGAUAAGCUUGAUAAUAAGAAAGAACGUAUUCCUAAACAAAAAAAGACUCCUACAAUGAGACGAAAAAUUAUUUAUGGUGGUUUACCAGAUGAUAAGCCUGUAGAAGACGAACAACCACUUGGUAGACGAACUCGGGGUCGUAAAAUUAAUUAUCAAGUUGAUGCAAUGAUGUCUGAUAGUGAAGAAGAGUUAAAAAAAGCAUUGAAGAAAACAGAAGAAAGUGAAGAUGAAUUUAUGGUUAAUGAAGGUGAAGAAUUUCAUGACAAUGACGAUAAAGAUUCAGAUUCUGGAGACAUCUAUUCGCCUAAAAAAGAUGGAUUAAAAGGAAAGCAUAAAUCACCCAAAAACCGAAAAUUAAAGAGGCAAUCUGCGACAGAUAGUGGAGGAGAGCAGAAACAAAGGAAAAAACCAGGGCCUAAACCAGGAAGUAAGAAUAAGCCACGUCAAUUAAAACCUAUUAUGUCUAGAUAUGAAGGUGGUAUGAUGGCUGGAGAUAUUUCUGAAGGUACACUACCUUCGGCAUUGGGAUCAUCGGCAGGCGAUCUUGCUGAAUUGGAUGAUGAACAACUCGAACAAAUGAUGAUGGAAGAUGAAGAAUAUGGUAGACGUCAGCUUGAGUUAGCAGCUAUUGAAAUAGCAAAAAAUAAGAAAAAAGAAGAACGAGAGGCAAAGAAAUUGGAAAAAGCUCGAUUGAAAGCAUUAGAAAUUCUUGCAGCUGAACAAAAACGAGAUUCAAGUAUUGGUGAAGGUACUGACGGUGAUAUGCCGAAGAAAAAGAAACGUGGUCGUCGAAGUAAAGCUGAAAUAUUAGCAGAACAAAUGCGAAGAGAUGGAGCACCUCAAUUAACAGGUAAUAUACCUCCAACUAUGUUACCGAGUAUGCCUUUUAGUGGAAACUCCUCAAGUAGCUUAACAACGGAUGCCAUGAUGCCUAUAGGUUCAGAUGUAGAUCAAACAAAAGAAAGUAUGAAUUUAUCAUUAAUGAUGUCAGGACAAUCUGACACAAUAGGGCAGGCUUUUAAUCCUGAUGGUACGCCGAUUAUAAAACCAAAAAGACGUGGUCGAGGUAAAGGCAAGAAAACCUUAGCAUUAGAAGCCGCACGAGCUGCAGAAGCAGCUGCUAAAGCUGCAGCAGUUGGUGGUGGCUUAUGUAAUUUAUCAGGUAUGGAUUUAAAGUGUGAUGAUAUGCCCACCGUUCUUCCUACGGCUGGUAGUAGCACAUCAGGUUCAGCACCGUCGACACCACCGACAAAUAUAAUUGUUACAACUCAAGGAUUACCUCCUCCGAAUCCACAAAUAGUCUAUGCUCCACCUAGUCAACAGUCAGUUAUAACAAAAAUGCUACAGUCACAGCCAGUUUCUAAUCCAACAACACCCCCUCCUCCACAGUCGUUUGCUGCGGCGGCUGCUGCUAUGGGGCAGAAAUAUUUUGGCUUACCCACUAACGCUGGACAAAUUAUGCCUAGUCAAAGGCCAGGUUACGAUAUACCACCGCGUGUAAGGAUACCAUCACCGUAUAAUUCAAGUAGACCAGGUACUCAAACAGGAGCUUUACCACCUCAUUUUGCAACGACAGUUAGAACGGGAACACCACCUAUUAUGAGAAUGAGGGUUCCGGGACCUCCGACGCAACUUUAUCAAGCUGCACAUCAUCCGAUGGAUCCUUCUCCCUCAGGUGGUGGACCAAUAUCAAUUAGCGGGAGUCGGGAUCGUGCAUCACCCCUUGCACCUGCAAUGAUUCCACCUACAGCCAGUAGUCCUUUGGCUAAAAGUGCUAGUGGUGGAAGUGGAAAUGGUGGACCCACUCCACCUCCAUAUGUUAGAAAUGGCCCUCCACCAUUGUCGAGAUUUUCAGACAUUUCUUCCCAACUUGGAUCAAGACAUCAAUUAUCACCAUUCACAAGUGCCUCUCCAGCGAAUCACAAUAUCCAACAGUCUCCACCACCGUCUCAUCGAGCAGCCGGUAAUUUCUCGCCGUAUCAACCGCAACCACCACCACCUCCUAAUUAUCCUCAUUACGGUACUUAUUCUUCAUCAGUACCUAUAUCUACACCCGAUGAUAGUACGGUAGCUUAUCAAGGAUCGCCAUAUUCAUCAGAACAUUUUUCACCUGCAACCGAUAGUCCACAAGCACCACAAAUAUCCCAAACACAACCUCCGCCACAACAAAAGCCACCAUCUCAACAUCAACAAAAAAAGCCCUCUCUACCACCUGGAGCUCAUCUCGGUGAACAACCAUCACAUGUUCCUGGAAAGCAAUACGAUGAAGAGGGAACUGGAGAAUUUGGAGGCUUAGUUUCUUAUUUUAGCAGUCAAAGAGAAGAUGAUUUAGAAUCAUAGCACGAGUGAGUUUUGCUUGGUCAACCAUGAAUUCAUCAACAGACAUACAAAAGAUUGAAUUCACAAUCUUUCAAAUAAUAAUUAUAUCAUACAUAAGUGUGUUUGAGUUUUUACAAACAUAUUUUGUGAUAUUGAUAUCGUUGGUAAUGAUAAUAUCGUUAUUAUUUUAUUUAUUAAUAAUGAAAUUGGAUUGUAAUGUAAAGGUUGGCCGAGUACCUGCUUCAGAAAAAACUAAAAUAAUGGAUGAUAUCUUUCCAAUGGUAGCAGUAUCAAGACAAAUAGCAACUUGAUAGUCAUAAUAGCAAUUUCUAUCAAAUUUUAAUCAUGAUUAUUUUUAUUUUUUUAAUAUAUAAUAUUAAAA